AUGUCCGAUAGAAGAGUUACUACCCUUAUUAGAAACACAAACGAGACGAAGAUCCAAAUCGCUCUGUCGCUGGACGGCGGCCAUGUGGCUUUGGAAAAGUCUCUCUUCAAAAAGGACGGCGAAGAAGAGACCAGCCAUGCUGCCCAGAAUUCUUCUUCCCAAAUCAUUAGUGUCAACUCCGGUGUUGGCUUCCUCGACCACAUGCUUCAUGCUCUUGCAAAACACUCUGGUUGGAGUCUUAUUCUUGAGUGCAUUGGCGAUAUUCACAUCGACGAUCACCACACUGCCGAGGACUGCGCUAUUGCUCUUGGUUCUGCCUUCAAGCAAGCCUUGGGCCAAAUCAAGGGUGUCAAGCGAUUCGGUCAUGGCUUCGCGCCUCUUGACGAGGCUCUUUCGCGUGCUGUUGUCGAUCUCAGUAACCGCCCCUAUUGUGUCACAGAACUCCAACUUGUACGUGAAAAAAUCGGCGAUCUUUCCACUGAAAUGAUCCCCCACGUUUUUGAGUCCUUUGCUGUUGCUGCAAGUAUCACCCUCCACGUUGACGUUAUCCGCGGCAAAAACGACCAUCACAAAGCAGAGUCUGCUUUUAAGGCACUUGCAAUUGCACUCAAAGAGGCUAUUUCACGGACUGGUUCUAAUGAAGUUCCCAGCACAAAGGGUGUUUUGUAA